AUGGGUCAACAAUCGAACUUUAUGCUGCAAACAAUAAGAGUGGAAGUAGAUAUUGUGGCUUUUGACUUCGCUGAAGGGAGCACGAGAAACUGGAAGGAAGGCAAUGAAAUUUUCAACAACAAUCAUGUGGUCAUUGCAGGUGUGAGCAAAAUUGUCGAAAAAUCGGUGCACAUAUUUUGCAGCUGCCUCCGAGGGUCAAAUCCAUCAGAAACUCCUAGGGAAGUUCGGAUGGUAACAUCCAGAUUACUCAAGGACUGGAGUAUAUGGUGCUCGUGCCCCGCUGGAAACUAUCGAUGUAAACACCAGUUCGCAUGUCUUCUGUACAUUCACCGUAACAAGGAUCUUGAAAUACUUUCUACAACUGACAUACGUCAGCAGUGGAGCAAAGUGGCCAAAAUACAAGCUCAAAAUCUCUACGAACCAGUGCCAUUAUCAUCACUUUGCAAUCUACGAAAGAAAGUCACAACGGCAACCAUAUCAGAUGACCUCACCACUUCGAUCUUCAAUAUGUUCAUUUCCGAAUUACCUUCGUCAGCUCUUGCAAAGACAAUGAGUGGUCGUAACACAUUGAGGCCGACAUUGGAAGCAAACGACUCUUCGGUUUUGCCAUCUGCCACCCAGUUAGAUCAAUCGGUACCUCACACGUGGAAGCCGGAAGUACCCGAAUGGAAACCUCGGCAACGUGAACAACCUGUAGCCGUGACCACUGUUAACAACGAUGAAAUCCAGCUGGGAUUGGAAUACUUAAAACCGUUUUUCUCGAUUAGGAAUUUAACAUCAAAAUGGAAAUACUAUUUCGGACCAUUACGCGACUCUAGUCUGCACUUGUUCUAUGAAACACGCGUUUGUGUAUCUCCAGAGCAAAGUCUUUCGAUUUGUGCGAAUACUCACAACCAGGCCAAUGAUGUCUGGCGCAAAGAGAGGCGCAUACGCAUUACAGCAAGCGAAUGUUACGAUCUUUAUACGUACUACCUAAAUGAUCCAGGCGACCGAAAUUGGACUAAAAAGCUGUCGGCGAUAAUACAUCCAAUGGAAAAACGACUUUCUCCUUUGCUGUAUGGAAAAGAAAUGGAAGGACAUGCUCUGAACUGUUACAGACAGAAACACAAAGGAAAACGAAUUAUUAGAAUGGGACUUAUAAUACCACCAUCUGCGCCAUUCCUUGGUUGUUCUCCCGAUGCUAUUGUAUUGGAAGAUGCAAAAUUGGUUGAGAUAAAGUGUCCAUUCUCAGGAAAGUACAAAACCUUGAGUGAGGUAUUAGGAAAACUGAAAUGGAUUGAAAAGAAAGACAACAAGUACAUGCUACGGAAAAGACAUGCCUACUAUGGGCAAGUUCAACUUGCAAUGUGUUUAACCAGAACGAAAACAGCAGAUUUGGUUGUGUUCAGUGCCCACGACAAUGAUUGUGCUUCAAUAGAGGUACCGUACGAUAAUGAUUUCGUUUCAAAAAUGAUUCCAGUUUUGCGUGAUAUUUAUUUUAAUAUCUUCCUUCCUUUGCUUGUACAUGAUUGAUUUCAGAAAAACUGUUCUUCAAUAAAGUUGUCGUUUUUAUUAUUCAGAUGAAUCGAUUAUCUGAAAGAAUUGGAGCUGACAGGUUAACUACUCCGCCCAAAAUAAUAAUGAUCUCAUCCAACAAAUGUAUUAACUGUGUGUCUACUUUUUCAGUUAAUAUUUUAAAUUGCUUGAGCCUUUG